CCAACAAGCGCGUGACAUGGACGCGCGUUCCCAUCGCUGUACGGCUACGCGCAAAAGGGCGCGCCCGAGUGUUGUAUCAAGUGCGCGAGAGCGAAGGACUGCAUCACAGCUCAUUCAAUUCGCAUCCAGACGCCGACUAGCAAAGAUACACAACCAUGGCCUCCGGAGUUACAGUGGAUGAUAGUGUGGUGACGAUCUUCAAUGACAUGAAGGUCCGCAAGGCUUCUGCCAACGAGGAAGAGAAGAGCAAGAGGAAGAAGGCUGUUCUCUUCUGCCUGAGCGAUGACAAGAAGCGUAUCAUCAUGGAGGAGGGCAAUGAGAUCCUGCAGGGAGAUGAAGGAGAUCCCUACCAUAAGCUCAUCAGUAUUCUUCCUCCUAAUGAUUGCCGCUAUGUUCUCUAUGAUGCCAUGUAUGAUACUAAAGAGUCUAAGAAAGAGGACCUGGUUUUCAUUUUCUGGGCACCAGAAAAUGCCCCACUCAAAAGCAAGAUGAUCUAUGCCAGCUCCAAGGAUGCCAUCAAGAAGAAGUUCACAGGUGUCAAGCACGAGUGGCAAGUGAACGGUUUAGAGGAUAUCAAGGACCGAAAGACCCUUGCUGAGAAGCUUGGGGGAGCAUCAGUGGUGACUCUCGAGGGCAGGCCUCUGAACGAUUGAGGCGGACACAUUUCAGGGGUUAGCUGGUCAUUCCAACACGGGUGGGGCAGAUGGGCCAGGACGACUGUUUGUGGGCCAUGGGGUGGGUUAAUGUGGGUGGAGAGGGUUGGGCAAAAGUGACAGUUUCCAAACUCAAAACAUGGCAAAAGAUACUGGCUGUCAUUCCAGUUCACACAUACAAAGAUCAAGAACAAAAACGUAAAAGGAAAAAAAAUAAAAGAUAAAAAACAAGGAUGAUGAUUAUUAAAACAAAGUAAUAUAACUGUAAAUGUGUACUGGCAGGUUUUCGUUCUUUCUGGGUUCCAUUAGAUUGUUGAAAUGAAAGUGAGACUGCAGCCGUUACAAAUCAGCUGUAAAACAUACUGUUAAUUAAGAUUUUUUUUUUGUUUGUUUUGUGCUGCCGCCAAAUGUCUAGUUACUUUUUUUUUUUACCAUUUUAUUUUUAUAAUAAGUGUGUGUGUGUAUGUUGUUUAAGACUAGGUGUAGUACAAAAUUUACUCCAAAAUCUCACAACUUUGUCGGUCCAUUCUGGGAGCACAAUUUACUUCCCCCUUCCCUAGUUUGUUUUAUUUUGAGCUCAAGUUGUUUUAAUGAUUCCGUAAUUCCUUGUGAAUUAAAUAUUUCCAAAUGUAAUUCAAAACUAUGGCACUGGUGUCAAGAAAUUGUACACAUUCCUUCCACCUGUAAAAUCUGGGUCCUAGUGAGUGAGCGGUCUGAUGAAUUGGAUUGAGUGGACUGAUGGACACGUAUUGUUUAGAUGGGAGCGAUAUAUUUGGGCAGCCUGUGUACAGAGCUUUGAUGGAUAUUGGUCAGUGGAUGUUUUGUAUCGUCUCCUUAUCUCUAAUAAAAAAAAUAAAAAAAGCACUAAACAAC